AGUGGAAGUGGCUGGUGGGGGCGGAGCGCUGGGCAGGGGCCGCGGCAGCCGCAGCGGGGGAAGCAGCGAUUUAUCCACUCGCCGCCCCGACCCGGGAAGAAGAUGCUGAUUAAAGUGAAGACGCUGACUGGAAAGGAGAUUGAGAUCGACAUUGAACCCACAGACAAGGUGGAGCGAAUCAAGGAGCGCGUGGAGGAAAAGGAAGGAAUCCCCCCACAACAGCAGCGACUGAUCUACAGCGGCAAACAGAUGAAUGAUGAGAAGACAGCAGCUGAUUACAAGAUUCUAGGUGGUUCAGUCCUGCACCUGGUGUUAGCCCUGAGAGGAGGAGGUGGUUAUGGACAAUGAUGGGCCUUCCCUCCAUUUUACCUUCUUACCCAUCAUUGGCAGUGAGUCCUCGCUCUCUGGGACACCAGAGCCACUGCCCCCUCCCCCUGAUGCCCAGUCUCCUGUGUCUACUGAUGGGAGAAAGUGAGGACCCCAGGAUGCAGUGUUUCUGGCCCAAAGGGCCUUUGCUGGCUAUUGGGAUUUAGCUUGUCAUCCUGUGUGCUUCCCUCUUAUGGUUGUGCCCUGAUUGCCAAUAAAAUAUUUCCUGGCCUCUU